AAUCCAGCGGCCGAAAGCAGGCGACGUCUUUUUCAAGUUAACUUUUAACGUUAGCUUUUCUGUGUUUUACUUUUAGUUGCAAGUUCGUAACAAUGUCCAUUAUAGGUCAGAAACCGGAGGUGAAGCUAUGGGAUGAGAUUUGUAAAGAAUUUGCCUUGAUGCGACCGCCUUUUCCCAAAGAUGAUGACCAAGGCUCAGUUACCACGGAUAUCACCGAAUUCAGGCCAGAAGCUCACUCCCCGGUCAUGUUUGGGCACAGGGCCGAACGCGUAGAGGUGGACAGCCAAGCGGCAGACGAUUUUGACCCUGCCAGCUCGCAUCCUGCUUGUGUAGGCUACACCAUGAUGGAGAGACCAUCUAAGCCAGCCACGCCCCCUCCCCCUACACCCCCACCGAGAGAAACAUGUAUGCCUCGUGAAUAUUUAGAGCAUUACAUCUUCCCUGUUCUCCUUCCUGCCCUGCUGGCAAUGCUGAAACAAGCCAAGAAGGAGAAAUGCUUUGAGAGAAAGCGAUUUCGAUUCAACGGAUGCGACUAUUUGACUGAGUAUUUGUGGAGACACAACCCCAAGUAUUCUGGCAGGGAGUCGGACCAACUUGAAGAGAUUCCAUUCGUCAAACAGAUCCUUGCUGAAAAUCCCCGCCCACCCCUCCCUUUGUCGCUGAUAUGGACAGAGCACGAAGCGGCGGUCGUCAUCCAGUCAUUCUACAGAGGAUUCAAGGUGAGAAAGGAGGAUCACAUCCAGGAACUGCGGCAGUGGCAGCGAGAGUGGCACGACGAGAACGCCGACAUCAAACUCAAAGUCGACGAGUUUUGGAAGGAGCACGAGCCCGGCUCGGAGCGAGGCAGCGCAAGGAAGAUACGGGACCACAAGAGCCACAGCGCCCGGUACCCUGCUUGCUACAAACUCAGGACGUGGAGUCCGUCACCAGAGCGGAGCUAAUAUUACAAGGCAAGGGGCCAGUGACAUAAAAUAAAAUUAACAGUUUUAUCAAAAACCGUCCGUGCUUAUUGGUGAAUCCAAGCAUUAGGAAGUAAAGAAGCAGUAAAGUCUGUCUGAGCAAAAAUGGCCCAUUAGGCCGGUGUUUAUCUUCGGUUUCUGGGCAUGGAACGACUGAAAAUAUAUCUAUGUAUUCCCCCCUGGAUGGUUGGUUACUCCCCAGCUAAUGCUGGUACCCACUCCUGGGUGGAUAGAGGCAAGUUGGGGUGACGUGGCUCGCCCAAGGACACAACAUAUGGCCAGCAGCUGGAUUUGAACCCCUGACCCUCUGAUCAUGAGUCAUAAACCCUAACCACUAGGCCACACUCACCCACCGUUUUCGAACCCCUGAUCACGAGUCACAAACCCCAACAACUUGGCCACACUCGCCCACCGAAGCAUUAGGAAGCCCCUUGGUAAUGGCGGAUGCAUUGUGCUAGCUGCAUAGCGAAGGGAUUUGUUAGGCAUGGAAAAUGUUAGCUUCGCAGAAACAACAAUCUUGUGUGAAGUGUAUUUGUUGUGUCUUUUUGGAGUUUUACUGCAGACGUUUAAUGUGAAUAAAUUGCAGUGAAUUGUACAUUGGCAAAACACACGUUGACGGACACUUGAUUACAUGUACUGCUUUCUUUUGUCAUAUUACCAGGUUUUCUCGUAAAAGUUAGAUAUGAUCUUGGAAUAUUCCACAUAUUAUAUUUGGUCUUGAACAAGCUUUAAAAAGACACUGGAAAUGCACAUUAUUUACUUAUACAUACAUGAAAUUGUAAAAAGUGUGUACAUAUUUGAAUAAAUAGAAAUGAAUCACAAAAAAUUA